UCCCGGCGCCUGCAGCAGCAGAAGGUCCGUUCUAUCCGUGCGUUGUACAGAACAACGGUCUAUACACAUACAUACAUACAUACAUACAUACAACAUGACAAUUAAUUUCCGUUGCACAUCUUCCACCGCCACUUGGGCUGUUUCCGUCGCCGUCACCGCCGCCAUAUUGGUGGCGUCACCAGCUGAGUGCGCUCGCGCAUUCUUCGUCUUCGGUGAUUCUUUAGUCGACAAUGGCAACAAUAACUAUUUGGCUAGCACCGCCAGAGCCGACGCCCCCCCUUACGGCAUCGACUACCCCACGCACCGCGCCACCGGCCGGUUUUCCAACGGAUUCAACAUUCCCGACCUCAUAAGUCAGACGCUGGGGGCAGAAUCGACAUUGGCGUAUUUAAAUCCACAGUUGAAUGGGGAAAAGUUGCUGGUCGGAGCUAACUUCGCGUCCGCCGGAAUUGGGAUUCUCAACGACACCGGCGUUCAAUUCGCGCAGAUAAUCAGGAUGUAUCAGCAAUUGGAGUAUUUCCGGCAAUACCAAGCUAGGGUUACGGCGCUGAUCGGACCAGAGCAGACGCAGCUCCUCGUCAACGGCGCGCUCGUCCUCAUCACGCUCGGCGGCAACGAUUACGUCAACAAUUACUUCCUCACUCCGGUCACUUUCCGCAGGCUGCAAUUCAAUCUCCAGGACUUCUCGAAACUCAUCGUCUCCGAGUACAGGAAGAUUCUCCUGAGACUGUACGAAUUGGGGGCGCGGAGGGUGCUGGUGACGGGGACGGGGCCGCUAGGGUGCAUACCGGCGGUCCUGGCGACGAGGAGCCGGAACGGGCAGUGCGCGGAGGAGCCGCAGCAAGCGUCCGCCAUUUUCAAUGCUCUUCUGAUACAGAUGGUCGGAGCCAUCAAUCAAGAGGUAGGAUCAGAUGCAUUUGUAGCCUUCGAUGGAAUGCGAAUGCAGAACGACUUCAUCUCCAACCCCCAAGCGUACGGAUUUGUGACGUCAAAAAUAGCUUGUUGUGGGCAAGGGGCAUACAAUGGAGUUGGGCUGUGCACUGCACUGUCAAAUUUGUGCCCUAACAGAGAAGUGUACGCAUUUUGGGAUGCAUUUCAUCCUUCAGAAAAGGCAAACAGAAUUGUUGUUAGAUCGAUACUUACUGGUUCUGAGGAAUACAUGUUCCCGAUGAAUCUGAGCACCAUCAUUGCCCUGGAUCUCCAAAAGGAGAAAUCCCGAACAUGAACAUGAACAUAAACAUGAUUGAUCGCAUUUAACCUGAUUGUGAUCAUAUCAUAUAUCAAAUGUCUUUGAAAUUUUCUUUAAUUUACUUUCCACACUCAUUGAGCAAAUGAAUUAAUAGUAGUGCUUGUUAGUUAGCUUUGUUCGAUCUGAAUCAUGUAAUUGAAUAAUGAUGAUUCGUUGUUUCCUUCAAUUUCACGAAAUUUGUGACAAUGGUUGAGCAAAUUGGACAUAACUGUAGUGUCUCCUGUCAAGGUUAUAACUUAUAUGCAUGUAUUCGUCCAACAAUUUUUAUUUUAUUUUAUCUUUUGACAUA